AUGGCAUCUAAGCCCCCCGUUCGGACGCCUAUAUCCUGCACAUUUUGUCGUCAGAAAAAAUUAAGAUGUGACCGUCUCCAGCCUUGUAGUAGCUGUACCAAGCGUGGGUUAGGAUGCGUAUAUGCUCACCCUCCCUCAGCAGCUCCGCGGAGGAAUGGACCUGCUCAGCCCCGGCAGUUGACCCAACGGAUCCGCCAACUGGAGGAUCUAGUGGUAGCAUUGCAAAAGGGCGAAACCCCUCAAACGGUAGAGACCCCAGUUCACCUGGCGCAUAAGAGCGAUUCUUCCCUGGCUGCUAGCCCAGAAACAGUGACCAACUCCUUUGGUAGCCUGCGGGUCGGUCAGACGGGGAUGACUUAUGUCUCAGGGGCUCAUUGGACCGCACUGCAAGACAGUAUUGCCGAGCUCAAAGAGUGCGUCGAGUUAGGGCCAUCAUAUCUGCCUUCCCGGUGUGAUAACGGGUCCGCCCUUCUCCGAGGGGUGUCUCCGCCCGGCGGGAUAGCGGAGGUCCUGAGUCACCUCCCGCUAAGACCGACUGUAGAUCGGCUGGUGUCACGAUUUUUCAGCUCUAUGGAGCCGGGUUAUGACCAAUUCUGGACUCAUCCACAAGAUGUCAAUCUGGCAUGGUUGAGUAUUCUCUUCAGUAUCAUGUGUUUGGCAAUCCACCAUCACCAGCUCACUGAGGGCCGCAGACCAGACCCGAUCGGCGACACCCACGGGCUGUGUGAUGAUUUUCGGCAACAAGCUGCCUAUUGCCUCAUUGAUAACAAGUAUACAGCUCCAACGAAAUAUACCAUAGAGGCACUAAUGUUCUACGCGCAAACGGAGUAUUUUCGGGGCGAAGAGUUUCAUCACGAGGUCUGGUUGUUAAUGGGAAUGAUCAACCGCCUGGCCAUGCGGGCUGGCCUUCAUCGGGACGGUUCCCGCUAUCCAGAGCUCUCUUGUUUUGCAGCCGAAAUGCGAAGACGUAUAUGGACGCUCAUGUCCCAACUGGAUGCACUCAUUUCGUUCCAGUUGGGUUUGCCCCGAAUGAUCUAUGACGGGUUGGCAGAUACACAACCGCCACACAAUCUCCUAGACGAGGACUUCUCUGAGGACUCGAAGAGCUUGCCACCAGCCCGUCCUGACACAGCAUUUACCCCGGUGGCUUAUUUGAUUGCGAAAGGUCGACUCUCCAGGGUAUUUGGUCUCGUGAUUGACCAUGCUGCAUCCACCGCGCCUAUCCCGUCCGCACUGAUUUAUCAACUCGACAAGCAACUAAAUGAGUCCUAUGCCGCAGUCCCAGUAUGUCUCCAAUUCCGCAGCGUAUCUGAGUCUGUUACGACAUCGCCACGUCUCAUCAUGCUGCGCUAUAACCUGGAAAUCCUCUAUCAGAAGACGCGGUGCAUCUUACAUCGCAAGUCCCUCUGCGAAGGCCGCUCAGAUGUUCGGUAUGCAGAGUCUCGACGUAUCUGUCUUGACGCAGCAGUGAAUAUUCUGCAGCAUCAAGCGACUAUUGAUGGUCAGGUUCAAGCAGGAGGAGUGCUAGCGCAAUGUCGCUGGUUUGUGACUUCCUUGGCCACGAAUGAUUUCAUGCUGGCGGCGAUGGUGGUAUGCCUGGAGCUCCACAAUCUCGAGCGGGAAAGUGCACAAGGCGGGCAGGCUGGAACGCCGAGAAAGGAUGAUCUGCUUCUUGCCCUCCAAACUUCGCAGCGGAUCUGGUCACAAUAUAAGGAUGAGUCGGCGGAGGCCUGGCAAGCCUGGCAGUCAACUAGUAUCAUGCUGAGGAAGCUGGAUGCCCCUGUGCUUUGCAGAGUAUCCCCAUCAGAUAGCAGCAACGGUGGCGGGAAUACCAAUGGCCACAGCACCACUUCCAGUAAGAUCAAUAUCUAUUCCCUAUCUGGCCUUUUCUGA